GUCACGAUGUCGUCGACGGUGUGGUGCCGCGUGCACGAGUCGCAGAUGCACUUGUGGCGCGCGAUGAUCUCUGGGCCUGAGGGGACGCCGUACGAGGGCGGCCUCUUCAUCUUCGACAUCCUCUGCCCGAACGACUACCCAAACACGGCGCCAAAGGUCAACCUGCGCACGACGGGCGCUGGCUCUGUCCGCUUCAACCCGAACCUGUACAAUUGCGGCAAGGCUUGUCUCUCGCCCCCGGACGAUGCACCGUCGCUUGUCUGCCUCUCGCUGCUGGGCACGUGGCAGGGCGACGCGGGCGAGUCGUGGCACGCGAAGACCUCCACGCUGCUGCAGGUCCUCAUGUCGGUCCAGGCGCUCAUCCUCGUGCCGGACCCGUUCUUCAACGAGCCGGGGUACGAGCGGAUCCGAGGCACGCCGCAGGGCGACUCGCAGUCG